AACCUGUUUUAUUCACUGGAACAAUGAGGAAAAAUCUGGAUCCCUAUAAUGAGUAUUUGGAGGAGGAACUGUGGAAUGUCUUAGAAGAGGUACAACUUAAAGAAGCCAUCAAAGCUCUUCCUAGUCGAUUGGAUACUGAAUUAGCAGAAUCAGGAUUGAACUUGAGUGUUGGACAGAGACAACUAGUGUGCCUUGCCAGGACUGUUCUCAGGAAAAAUCAGAUAUUGAUUCUUGACAAGGCCACAUCCAAUGUGGAUCCAAGAACUGAUGAGUUAAUACAAAAAAAAAUUCAUGAGAAAUUUACCCAGUGCACUGUGCUAACCAUCACACACAGGUUGAGCACCGUUAUUGACUGUGAAUGGAUACUG